CUCGCGAUAGAUUAUCAUGUCUCGAUUAACAUUAUCGAUAUGUUGGCUGUGUCUGUCUCUGGUCUGGUCGGACGUGGCCUGGGCCGAUCCUUUGCUAGUGGACAUAUCCAAUGGACAGCUGCGUGGAAGGGACAGAGGCGACUACUAUAGCUACGAGUCGAUACCUUAUGCGGAACCACCGAUUGGCAGUCUUCGCCUUGAGGCACCGCAACCUUACAAACGUCAGUGGAGCGAGGUGUUCGAUGCCACGAAGCCACCAGAGUUCUGUUUGCAGUCCAGUCUAUUUCUUCACGGCGAAAUAAUUGGCAACGAGGACUGCCUUACCGUGAGUGUGUACAGGCCAAAGAAUGCGAGCCGGAGCAGCUUUCCCGUCAUGGCCUACAUUCACGGAGGAGCCUUUAUGUUCGGAGGGGUCAUGGAGUAUGGGCACGAGCUCAUCAUGACUGCUGGCAAUUUCAUCAUGGUGAAGAUCAGCUAUCGAUUGGGACCUUUGGGUUUCCUGAGCGCGGGAGAUGCAGAUUUGCCGGGGAACUUUGGCCUGAAGGAUCAGCGAUUGGCUCUGCAAUGGAUCAAGGAGAAUAUCGCCAGCUUUGGCGGAGAGCCGAAGAACGUUAUGCUAAUGGGUCACUCCGCUGGCGGUGCUUCAGUCCACUACCAACAGCUGCAUGGAGGACUAGAAGGUAUGGUCAAGGUGGCUGUUUCGCUCAGUGGAAGUGCAUUGUGUCCUUGGGCUACUCAAUCUGAUGAAAGGCAGAAGGCGUUUAAGCUGGGGCAUGUAUUGGAAUGUAACGUGAAUGGGACUUCCUUGGAACUAAAGCGCUGCCUGCAGUCAAAGGACCCCAGGGACAUUGUCGGCGCUGUAAAGCACUUUAUGGUAUUCGGCUACGUACCCGUCGCACCCUUUGGCCCAGUUGUUGAGGCUGCCGACACAGUAGAGCCUUUCCUCACCCAACAACCUGCCGAGGCAAUGAAGAGUGGAGAAUAUUCACAAAUUCCUUGGCUUUUGUCUUAUACUCUCGAGGAGGGUGGCUUUAAUGCGGCACUUUUCCUGGAAAAGAGUGAUGAAGACGACAAGGAAUUAAUUGAAGUAUUAAACAUGCGCUGGAAUGAACUAGCUCCAGAUCUAUUGUUUUAUCGCCACACAAUCAACAAUACUGAAGAUCUGAAUCGGUAUUCGCAAGAGUUGAAAUACCAAUAUUUGGGGGAUCGCAACUUCAGCUUUGAUAGUUAUUUGGACUUGCAGCGCAUGUUUUCGGAUAUUUUGUUUAAGAACCCUAUUCAGAGAACUCUCGAAUUGACUCGUUCACAGCGAAAGAGUCCCUUUUACUGCUACGCUUACGACAAUCCUCCCGAUUUUGGCGUGGGACACUGGCUGUCUGGCCGCACUGAUGUAUUUCUAGGCACUGUACAUUGUGAUGAUCUUUACCUCAUGCUGAACAGCGCCGUACAUGAAAAUCUGCGUUCGGAUGAGCAAAUCAUAUCUAAAAAUUUCUUACAAAUGCUUCUAGACUUCGUGGAAAGCGAAAAAGGCCUGCUCACAUACGAUACGUGUCAGUUUAAAGAUAUUGCAGGCCAAGGCAAGAUGGAGCUGGUUUACAUAACCCGCGAGGGUUGUGAGAAUAAGCAGGUGGAGAAAAUUCCAUGAGUCCCUUGGA